UGUAAGUGUAACGCGAAGACGGAGGGAUUCCUGGGUUUGCAGGCGGAAACCCCGCCGAGUCGCAUCACUGGAUCUCAUCUCCCCACACCGUACCGGUCCUUCUUCCGAUCGCAUCCUCCGUCACUCCUUUCGCCUCCACCUUUUCCCCCUCGACUACCCCCGGUUGCUACCGUUCAAGUACCAGGUGCAGGUAGUAGCGAAGAUGGAGAAAUUCCAGGAUCCCCCCAAGCCCGACCAUUCCGGCUUUGUUGACACCUCCGAGUCUGCCGUUGCGCGCCCGAUCAGCACCCGACGCGACCGGGUCGUCGCUCGACUCGCCGCCUGCCUGGGAAUCGUUUCGUUGAUCUUCCUGGCAUUUUCCUGGGGCCCCAUUUCGAUUUCCGACCUCAAGCUCCCCUCGUGCCAUCGAGGGAGGAGACACCCCGAUGCUUCGUCGCUUGAAGCCCCCUUGAUGGGGCCCCUGCACGAGGUGUUUCCGCCGGCCCGACUCCUAUCGAGUAACAAAGUCCCUUUGGAGGCUCACGUCAUGAGCAAAUGUCCGGAUGCGCGGGACUGCCUGCAACAGCUGGUCCUACCUGCGAUGGAGCAGAUCAGCGAUAAGGUCGACUUUGACUUGUCUUUCAUUGCUAGUGUAUCCAACAAAUCGUCGGAGAUCCAGUGCAUGCACGGUCCCACCGAGUGUAUCGGGGACAUGCUCAUACUCUGUGCGGCGAACUUACCCUUCCCUCGGGGGGCCGACGCUGUCUCUUCCACGGAGUCGCGUACCCCUACUAUUCGGUCUCUUGGCUUCGCCAACUGCCUGAUCAGCUCGUAUCAUGACAUCCCGAAGCGUGAGUUGGUCGAGCAGUGCGCUCUGGAGCAUGGGAUCGAUUUCGAGGCCUUGAACCGGUGUGCCAGCCAGGAGAACGAUGACCCCGAUCAUGACGAUGAGGACCGCCUGCGGACACCGUUGAGUGGCAUUGCUCUGUUGCGGAAGAGUGCUCUGCACAGCGAGAAGCUCGGUGUCAAAAGAAGCUGCACCCUUCGAGUGAACAACACUGUCUGGUGCGUUCGAGACGGUGGGGUCUGGAAAGACUGCGCCCAAGAGGGACAGGGCAGCAAGGUCUCAGCGCUGGUGGACGAAGUGAAGAAGCUCUGGGAGAAGGCCAACUAAGUUGAGCGGUGGAACGGCCAUACUAAUGUGUUACGACUGACGUGAGACUGGACUUGCGUUGCAAAGGAGAUAAUCUACGGAGGCCUAUUUGUAUAUUUAAUCCUGACAGGCUGUUGACCACUGAGUGUGCAUGGGAAGUCUAAUUGUAAUUAUCAUUACUCAACUCGUGGCAUCUAGUAUUCGGUUUUCCUCCUAGUCUACUCAAGUCGUCAAACGGUCGGCAUCUAUCCCGUUUGCUUGUCUGCUAUCAUGUCAACCAGGCGUGCACCAGCACAUCCACCCUCCUACAACCGAGCAUUGCUCUCCAGUCCAAAGCUCCG